UUGUUCCUUUGCUCUUCCAUAUUCCCUUUCUUCAGGCAGUAAGACAGCAGAGCUCCCAGAAGCAAAGCAGCACAGUGAGCACAUUAUACAGACGGAGCAGAGCAACUCCACCAAGAGAGAAAGGAGAGUUUGUGCAGAAAGUGAAUCGUGAGAUCAGGGCAGGAGCAGAUUUUUUUUUCUCCUCACGUUCUGGAAACAGGAAAAUACUAGCCUGAAAGCCCACGUCUGAAGCGGUGCAAAAUCAUGCCUGCUAAACGAAGAUACUCUGGAGGCAGCCUGGCAGAGGCAUGCAUCCGAAUACUGCUCCUGUGCGAGGCUGCCUUCAGCAGUUAUGCCAUGGCAUGCCCUGCGCUUUGCACUUGCAGUGGUACCACAGUGGACUGCCAUGGGCUGGGGCUCAAAACCAUGCCCAGGAAUGUACCCCGAAACACAGAGAGACUAGAACUGAAUGGAAACAACCUCACACGAAUCAACAGAAAUGACUUUUCUGGACUCAAGUACCUGCGAGUUUUGCAGCUCAUGGAGAACCAGAUUGGAACUGUGGAGCGUGGCGUGUUUGAUGACAUGAGAGAGCUGGAGAGACUCCGUCUGAACAGGAACCAACUUCACCAGCUUCCAGAGCUUCUGUUUCAGAAGAAUGCGGCUCUGUCGAGACUAGACUUGAGUGAGAACUUCAUCCAGGCGAUUCCUCGAAAGGCCUUCCGAGGAGCAACAGACAUCAAGAACCUUCAGUUGGACAAGAAUCACAUCAGUUGCAUUGAGGACGGAGCUUUCCGUGCAUUACGUGGCCUGGAAGUUCUAACACUGAACAACAACAACAUCAGCAGCAUUCCAGUGUCGAGUUUUAACCACAUGCCCAAGCUCAGGACCUUCCGUUUGCAUUCCAAUAACCUGAACUGUGACUGUCAUCUUGCCUGGCUGUCCCAGUGGCUGCGGGAGCGGCCAACCAUUGGUCUAUUCACCCAAUGCAUCUCUCCAGCUCCACUUCGAGGACUCAAUGUAGCCGAGGUCCAGAAACAUGAAUUCUCCUGUACAGGUCAGUCUGGAAAUGCUGCUGUUCAGUCAUGUAGUUUUGCUGCUGGCUCCUGUCCGGCUGUCUGCACCUGCAGUAAUAAUAUCGUAGACUGCAGAGGAAAAGGACUGAUGGUGAUCCCUGCCAACCUGCCCGACAGCAUGACAGAGAUACGACUGGAACAGAACGGAAUCAAGUCAGUUCCUCCUGGAACGUUCUCUCCUUACAAGAAGUUGCGUAGAAUAGAUCUGAGCAACAACCAAAUUUCUGAGAUUGCUCCUGAUGCUUUCCUGGGCCUACGCUCCCUCAAUUCACUGGUUUUGUAUGGGAACAAGAUCACUGAUCUUCCCAGAGGAGUUUUUGAUGGACUCUACGCCCUACAGCUGCUCCUUUUGAAUGCAAACAAGAUCCACUGUCUUCGUGCCAACACAUUUCAGGACCUGCAGAACCUCUCGCUGCUUUCUUUAUAUGACAACAAAAUCCAAACGUUGGCCAAAGGCACCUUCACCUCAUUACGUGCAAUCCAGACCCUUCAUUUGGCCCAGAAUCCAUUCAUCUGUGAUUGUAAUCUCAAGUGGUUGGCUGAUUACCUGCGCUCCAACCCCAUAGAGACCAGCGGCGCCCGAUGUACGAGUCCGCGCCGCCUCGCCAACAAACGCAUCGGCCAGAUCAAGAGCAAGAAGUUCAGCUGCUCUGCCAAAGAGCAAUACGUUAUCCCAGGAACUGAGGACAGCAGACUAAAUAGUGACUGUAAUAAUGACCCAGUCUGCCCAGCCAAAUGCCGCUGUGAGUCUAACGUGGUGGACUGCUCGAAUCUGCGAAUGAGCCGAAUCCCUGAGCACAUCCCUGGGUCCACCACUGAACUUCGUCUCAACAAUAACGAGAUCACAAGUAUAGAAGCCACAGGUGUAUUCAAGACGCUUUCACACCUUAAGAAAAUAAACCUCAGCAACAAUAAGAUCUCUGAGAUAGAAGACGGGGCAUUUGAGGGGGCUUCUUCUGUCAAUGAACUGCACCUGACAGCUAACCAGCUGGACUCAGUACAGAGUGCCAUGUUCAGAGGUCUGGACGGCCUGCGGAUGCUAAUGCUGCGAAACAAUAGAAUCAGCUGCAUUCACAACAACAGUUUCACUGGCUUGCACAAUGUCCGUCUGCUGUCCCUCUUCGACAACGCGUUGACGACCAUCACUCCCGGAGCCUUUGACACGCUCCAGAGCCUCUCAACCCUAAACCUUCUUGCCAACCCCUUUAAUUGUAACUGUCAUCUGGCAUGGCUGAGCAACUGGCUGAAGAACCGCAAAAUCGUCACAGGAAACCCACGCUGCCAGCGACCAGCGUUUCUCAAGGAGAUUCCCCUGCAGGACGUGGCAUUACCUGAUUUCCGCUGUGAAGAAGGUCAUGAGGAAGUGAGCUGUACGCCACCCGUCCAGUGUCCCAGCGAGUGUACCUGUCUGGAGACGGUGGUGCGCUGUAGCAACAAACAUCUGCAGGUCUUACCCAAAGGCAUUCCUCGCAACGUCACGGAGCUGUACUUGGAUGGAAAUCAGUUCAGCAUCGUGCCAAAAGAGCUCUCCACCUACAAAAAUCUGCAGCUGGUAGAUCUGAGUAACAAUAAAAUCAGCACCUUGACCAAUUCAUCGUUUGCCAACAUGAGUCAACUUACUACCUUGAUUCUGAGCUAUAACGCUCUUCGUUGUAUCCCGACUCUUCCCUUCGGGGGUCUUCAAUCUCUCCGCUUGUUGUCUCUGCAUGGUAAUGACAUCUCAGAGCUGCCUGACGGGAUCUUCAAUGAUGCUGCAUCACUGUCACAUCUGGCGAUUGGGGCAAACCCUUUAUACUGCGAUUGCCGACUGCGUUGGCUCUCUGACUGGGUGAAAACUGGUUAUAAGGAGCCAGGCAUUGCGCGCUGUGUCGGCCCACGUGGCAUGGAGGGCAAAUUACUGCUAACCACCCCUGCCAAGAGGUUUGAAUGUCAAGGUGAGGUGGACACUGCCAUACUAGCGAAGUGUAACCCGUGCGCGUCUAGUCCCUGUUUGAACCACGGCACCUGCGAGACAGAUCAGGCAGAAGGCUACAGCUGCAGCUGUUUAGAGGGUUAUAAGGGCAAGAACUGUGAAACAGUGCUGAACACUUGUGUCAGUGAGCCCUGUAAGAAUGGAGGAACAUGUCACAUGUCUGGAGAAGUGUAUGGAGGCUAUAGCUGUUCGUGUGCUGCAGGCUUUGAAGGUCCCACGUGUGAGACAGACAUUGACGAGUGUAAAGAUAAUGUCUGUCAGAAUGGAGCGACCUGCAUAGAUGGCCUCAAUAAUUACACCUGCUUAUGUGUCCCUUUUUACACAGGGGAGAUGUGUGAUGAGAUGGAGGACAUGUGUGCUCCUGGCCGCAGUCCCUGCAAACAUCAGUCCACCUGCUUCAUCACAGUCACUGGCCCAAAGUGUAUAUGUGCACCUGGUUAUGUGGGUGACGACUGCAGCGUGAACUACGAUGACUGUAAUGAACAUAGGUGCCAGAACGGGGCAGAGUGUGUGGACAAGGUUAAUGGAUAUUUCUGCGUUUGCCCAAAGGGCUACAGUGGAAAGCUUUGUGAAGUGCCAUCUACUCCGCUCUCUCCCUGUGACCUGGCUGACUGUCAGAACAGUGCGUCUUGUGUGGAGCGGGGUGGCCAUCCACUGUGUCAGUGCCUGGCAGGAUUUGGUGGGCCACGUUGUGAAAAGUUGGUCAGUGUCAAUUUUGUGGACAGAGAUUCAUACCUGCUCCUCAGUGACCUGAAGAACUGGCCUCAGGCCAACAUCACUCUACAGGUGUCCACAGCAGAAGACAAUGGCAUUCUUCUGUACAAUGGAGACAAUGACCACAUUGCUGUGGAGCUUCAUGAAGGUCAUGUUAAAGUCAGCUAUGAUGCUGGAAGCCAACCAGGUCAUGCAAUCUACAGUACUGAAACCAUCAAUGAUGGGCAGUUCCACACUGUAGAACUGGUGACCUUAGACCAGAUGGUGAACCUUUCCAUAGAUGGUGGCACACCAACAACCAUGGACAGCUUUGGCCAAGCGCAACCCUUGAGGGGGGAAGCUCCACUAUACGUGGGGGGUAUGCCGGUCGAUGUCCACCCCACAGCCCCUCGUGUCUGGCAGAUCCAAAACGGCUCCAGCUUCCAUGGCUGUAUUCAGAACCUUUACAUUAAUAAUGAGCUACAGGACUUUACCAAAACCCAGAUGAAACCCGGUGUGGUGCCCGGGUGUGAGCCCUGCCGAAAGAUAUAUUGCCUACAUGGCAUCUGCCAACCCAAUGGCCCAACGGGCCCCAUUUGCCACUGCCAGCCUGGAUGGAGUGGGCAACACUGCGACCAGCCAGCGGCAAACCCCUGCCUGGGCAGCAAGUGUGUCCAUGGAAAGUGUAUUCCAAUGGAUAUGCAGUCAUACCACUGCGAAUGUCAGGAGGGUUUUCAUGGUGCCCUGUGCAACCAACAGGAAGAACUCUUCAACCCAUGCAGAAAGCUCCAAUGCAAACAUGGUCACUGUCAGAUAUCUGAUUCAGAAAAUGCCUACUGUCAUUGUGAGGUCGACUACAGCGGAGAGUUAUGUGACAAGGAGUCCGAGUGCCAUGGGGAGCCAGUGAGGGACUUCUACCAGGUGCAACGUGGCUACGCCAUCUGUCAGACCACACGCAUGGUGUCAUGGGUGGAGUGCAGCGGUGCCUGCGACAUUGGCUCAUGCUGCGCUAGCCAAAGGAUGAAACGCAGGAAAUACACAUUUGAGUGUAGUGAUGGCACAUCCUUCAGUGAGGAGGUUGAAAAGACCAUCAAGUGUGGUUGUGUGGGGUGCAUGUAGAACACAAACACUAGCAUCACUACCCCAUAACAGUCUGACAGAACUGCAGAAAGAGCCAUCACAAAUAAGAGAGUCAACAGAAAUAAAUCAUAAAUAUCUUUCACCCCCAACCCCAUACUUCCAAUAAUAGCCUGCAAUUUCAACCAAUUUUUUCCAUUCAUAUGGUCUCAGAAAAAUAAAAUAACAUCAACUCUGCUGACAGGAAGGUGAGGAAGAUGGCCUCUGGCUUGUUUUAGCCUAAAAGAAGGACAGUAAUGAACUAUUAGAGGAGAAUGAUGGUCUUUUUGCCCUCUCUGCAGUGCAGGUCUAUUUGUGCAGAUGAGGCGCAUGGUGAUGAAAGAAACAUCAACAUUUCCACCAUGCCAGAAAAAUGUGAUAUAUAUGUGGAAGAAUACACAAAGAAUACUGUCACUGUCAGAACAUGUAAAACCAGUAAAGCAAGAGGCAUGAAAUGACAUGCUGUCUUACCAGAUAUUUAUUAAAAAUCUAAUUAAGACUAAAAGCAGUGUUAUGGGGGUUAUAAGAGACCUCUCUUACUGCCCCAGUUCCACUGCAAAUUUGGCAUCAUUUAUUAAAUGCUUUGGGGUCAGAAAUACCCAGCAGCCUUCCAUUAAAGGUGCAAAGAGCUCCUGAUGCCAUAAUGUUACCUUGUUGGAAGGGAGGUUCUAUACAAUAUUUAGACUUUCAGUAGAAAUAGAUAGUUCAAAUAAGGUCAAACAAAAGGAUUCUUUUAUUUGAUUGUCCCUGAUCUAUUCCAUAUGGUGUUUAGCAUUCCAUUACCUCAAAUAGAGAACUCUAUAGAAUGUAAUAGAGAGCUGAAAUCCAAUCUCAUCAAACAAUAAUUUGCAAAGAUGCGUGCUCAUUGUCAUGUCUGGAUUAUGGUUUAUAUUAGCACUGUUGCGCAGAAAAUAGAAUGGCCCUUAUCAAAACACUGACACAACUCUGCUGUUAAUGUAACACCACUGCUAUUUUCAGUGUUGAAACUUUAUAAGGGGUAAACUAUAUCUAUGGGUUAUGAUCACAACACUGUAUACGCCUCUUAGAAGUGAAAGAUUUCCCUUCCAUUGACAUUUUCACGCUGUAAGAAUCCAGAAUAUGAAGUUCUCUUGUCAGUACCUACAGUAUUACCUCUGAAAAUUACUGCAUUUACGAAAGGUUUGCAAAUUGUCGCGCAUCCUUCUAGAAUUGUUGAAUAAGUCAAAAACAGUGCAGUUUGGAUUUCAUAUUUUUGGUGGCUGUAUGUUUUUGCUUUGAUUUCAUUUUCCUAACCCCCUAGAACUUCACUUUAUACAGAAAUGCUUAACAGAUUCUAAUAUAUAUUUGUAUUUCAUUUUGGUAUAGUAUUUUUAUAUGUUAAAGAAUACAUUUGUGUUUUCAGGGUUUUACUAUCAAACAGCAGCGUGACUUGGUGUUUUAUUCGGUCAUUUAAUUUACUUGCUUAUACAGGCUACAGUGUUUUGUAACUGGCUAAAAGCAUAGAUAAUUAUUAGCCUUAUUUUAAUAGGAGCCAGUGUCAAUUGUUUUGGAAGGGUUUUUUUUUUUUAUAUAUAUAUAUAUUUUAAAUGUCUUACAUGUGUUGUCAAAUGUUGUCAGUACAUUCAUCUGAAAUAUCUGUGAUUUUGUAAUUAUUUAUUUGAAGUCCUUUCCAGAUAUAAAGCUGAAUUUCUCAUUUAUGAAUUUGCUAAUUUUGAGUUAUGAAUAAAAUUAUGAGAAAAAAAGGUCAUUGGGAUGGGGCUUUUAAUAUGGUAGCUUAAGGAGGUGAUUUGGAAACACGUACAUGGCUCUUACAAUUCAAAUAAUUGGCCCCAGUAUUCAAUCAUUGUAGUGCUUAAGCAAUGUAGCUUUAGGUACUAGGCAAGAAAGUUCAAAGUUCAUAUCAUCACUUAAGAUGUGACUGCAGCAGUGCUGAUACAUCAUUAGAAAGGGUUUCCAGGCUUUUUCUGAAGAUUUCAUGGUCUCAGCUAAUUCUGUACCUGAUUCACAACAGACUUCUGCUCAUGAACAUUUGUCAAAGAUCCAUUCUGUUCCAUUUAGAACAUGCAAGAGCUUUUACUGUUUAUCUUCAGAUGUUGCGUUCUGUAUUACUUCAGGACUUAUAGUUACAUUGACUAACUGCAGUUGCUCCGAAUGGAAGUAGCACCACCAAAAUGUUUACUGAACCUCCGUUUUCAUUCAUUAAAAUGCGUGAUUAUAUGAGUGUAAUAUUGUCUAUGCCUGGUUUAUCACAAAUAUGAAAACACAAAAUGUUUUAUUGAAAUCAAAUUUCUGCCAUUCAUACGAAAAACAAUUCCAGUCUUCCCUAUGGCCUCUACAUGCGAGUAAUUAUGGUAACUAUCAAAUUUUCUGAAUAAUUUAAGCAAGUUUUGUAGCUCCUCUAAAACAAUCCUGACUAGACCCACUAAAAGCUGUUCUGGUCAGUUUCCCCCAAAAGUAUCAUAAGCUAAAGUAGAUUGUUGAAACGUUUGUGCAAAUCUUGGAAUUACGGCCUGCUUCCCAAAAGCUGAUGUGUGUUAUUGAUCAAGUGACAUUUCAGCAAUUUACAGUGAUCCUUAUGUAGUUUUUUUUUUUUUUUUUUAAACACAGAAAAGUUUGUAACAGCACACAUGGAAAAUGCUCUUCAGAGCUAUGAUCCAUCGUUAUUGGGAAAUGAAGCUCAAAACAAUCAAUAUAAAUCUAAACAGUUUAUCAACAAUUGGCAAGAAAAAUGCAUAAAGCUUAGAAAGGUCAAAUACAUUUUUAUAAUUUUCACAUUUACUCAAACCAAAACCCAUAAAUAUCAUUGGGGUAAAUCCAUCAAGUCUGGUAUAUGGCGAGUAAACUACAUUUUAGUUUGGUUAAAAAUCAAAGUAUAGGAAAAUAAUGCAAUUAUGAAACAGAUUAAACAGAAAAAAGGAAGAAAAUCGUUAUAACAUUCCAGCUCUUAUGGUUAUCACUGAAGUUAAUUACAUCGAAUUGUAUAAUACUUGAAACAAAUUCUCUGGUCUCCUUUAGUUUAUCCACAAAACACCUGUAAUCCAAUCAGGAACUCAUGAGCCCCUCAUUAAUGCUUCACUGAUCUCAUCGCUCUGAGCACAUUACUGUACUUGCGUAGUCUUAAACGUUUGUGAAAUUACAGUGAUUUCAGUUUUAAGCUAAAGUUAAUGUUUUAAUAUUUGGCCGGUUUAGCAUGUUUGAACCAUUAAUCCGUAAAUUACUGUUCCCCACUAUCACCCUGCUUGAGAAAUAAAAGUGAAGUUUCCAUGCAUCCAUUUCUACCAACUGAAAGGAAUAAACAAAAUGAGACCACACCCAAAUAUAAACAAUAACAUUUAAACUUCCAGUGAUCUAAGUGUAAAUGAGUAGAAAAUAGAAAUUGGGAAUUCAUUAGGGGGGAAAACACACACACAAGAACAAAACAUGUAUACUACUAAUAACUUAGAAAUGAAAAUUAAGGAGCACUCAGGUACAGUAUAAGCUGUUCCAAAAAAAAAAAAAAAUCAUGUACAGAACAACUUUCAACCCAAAAUUCUUCAAUGCUAUGUGCAAAAGUAGUAAGGCUUUAUUUUUUGAGGCAACCUCAAUUACUUGAUAAUAAAAUUACUACUAAUAAAAAGGCACAUUAUUCAGGUUACAAAGCCAUUUUAAUUAGCUAAAACUAUUAACUGUUCAUAGAAUAUUGGAACAUUCUUUACAUAAUCUAUAUCUGAUCCAAUAUUACAAGUUGUAAUCAUAGAGCUGUUUAGUUUGCAGUUGUAAAAUUUUGGAAACGAAUUAACAUUUUUCAAGCCAUGGGUUUCUCAGUAAUUUACACUGAGCUUUAAAAAAAAAAAAAACAGCAGUUUUCGACUUUUGUUAGUAAUGCAUUUUGAAAGCACAAAACGGUUUCGAAAUUUACAUUUGAGGCAUAAUAUGUAUAAUUUUAAGUUGUAGAAUGACACUGUCAUGUCAAGUGAUAUUAACCACAGAACUUAUUUUUCUCAUAAAUUUAAAUACACAACAUAGCCUAUGGCUUAUUAGCCUUCUGUGUUGGCCUAGAAAUUUUACAUCAUGACUGAACAGUUCUAAGCAGUGGCGUACAGACUGUCCCUUCAAACCCUUCAGAGAAGGGGUGACAUAAAUUGACAUGGAAAAGCAAUGCAAUUAACAGUGGGAAAAAAAAAAAAAAACAUUAUU